GGCCGGCCGGGAACAUGGCGCUGUACAGCGCGGCCGCCGCCGUCCUGGAGGGGCUGGAACGCGGCGAUGGCGGCAUCAAGAGCCUGGUGUACAACAGCCGCUUCCCGCACGUCCGGCAGCUGUACGCCCUGGUGUCCGAGACCCUCCGCUACUCGCCGGUGCUGGAGAAGCUGCUGGCGGGCGCCGCGCUGCUGCGGGCCGAGAAGAAGCUGCCCCCGCAGCUGGCGAAGGUGCUGGUGUAUGACCUGCUGUUCGGCAAGGGGCUCAAGUGCGGCGGCCGCUGGAAGGCGCUGGCCCGGCGGCAUCGGGCGCGGCUGGAGGCCGAGCUGGCCCGCCUGAAGGUGCAGCGGCAGGUGAGCAGCAACGAGGAGCUGCUGGCCCCGGCCCGGGCGGCCAGCCCGGCAGCCUCUCAGGUACCGCGCUACGUCCGAGUCAACACCCUGAAGACUUGUGUGGAUGAUGUGAUUGACUUCUUUAAGCGCCAGGGAUACUCGUACCUGGGCAAGGCAGGAAGUGUGGAGGAACUGAGGGACCUCGCUGGGAAGAAAUUCUUUCUGGAUCUUCAUCUCCCAGAGCUGCUGGUUUUCCCCCCACAGACGGACUUCCACAGCAACCUGCUGUACACUUCAGGGCACAUAAUCCUGCAGGACAAGGCCAGCUGCCUCCCCGCCUUCCUGCUCGACCCUGCUGCAGGUGCCCACGUCAUCGAUGCCUGCGCUGCCCCUGGGAACAAGACCAGCCACUUGGCUGCCCUCCUGAAGAACAAGGGACAGAUCUUUGCCUUUGACGUGGACACCAAGCGCCUGGCCACCAUGAACACCAUGCUGAUGCGGGCGGGGGUCACGGGCUUCCAGCUGGCCCAGCAGGACUUCCUGACGGUGGAUCCCAGAGACCCCAAGUACAGCAGGGUGACCCAUAUCCUCCUCGACCCGUCCUGCAGCGGCUCAGGGAUGGUGACCCGGCUGCCGCUGGAGGAGGCUGCCCCCAGCCCCGAGCGCCUGCAGGCCCUGGCCGGCUUCCAGCGCAGGGUCCUGAGCCACGCCCUGAGCUUCCCGGCUCUGCGACGCCUGGUCUACUCGACCUGCUCGUUGCACCGGGAAGAGAACGAGGACGUGGUGCAGGCUGUGCUGCAGGAGCAGGGCUCGGCCUUCAGGCUGGUGAACGCCUUCCCCUCCUGGCCCUGCCGAGGACUCGCUGCUUUCCCUGGGGCCGAGUGCUGCCUCCGUGCCUGCCCUGCAGACACCCUCACCCAGGGCUUCUUCGUGGCCGUGCUGGAGCCGUGUGGGGAAGGGGCUGCUGCCCCCAGCUCCCCGCUGGCAGCAGCCAAGGACAGCCUGCAGCACAGAGAGGUGAUGGAACCAGCAGCAGCUCCCAAGAAGAGGAAGAGGAAAAAGAAGCAGGUGAAGGAGUGAGAGAAAUGAAAUUUUUGUGAGUGCAGCACCCAGCCACAGCUGAUGGGAAACACUCCUCAGUGCUGCUACUGCCCCGGUGACAUUGAAGCCUCAUCACAACAAAGCUGCAGCUGUGGUGGGACCCUGUAACACCCUGGUCCUCCAGGACAUCAUCUAAUGCCCCAAGCCCCUGGGACACUCUGGUCCUUUGGGACCAAAUGCCAUCUCCAGAACACCCCAUUGCCAGGGGCAGGACUGCUGGCCCUUGCAGCCCCUAAACCCCAAAGUCAGCAUGUGUCCCACACACCCCCUCUUCUGUGUCCUGGGGGACUAGAGGGCUCCAUCUGGAUUAAAGGAAUUAUUUUAUCAUGUUCCCCUACUCUCCCCCCAGGAAAAAUCCUCACCCCAUCCCAAUGUGGGAUUUCAACAAAGCUUUUGACUGUCAGGAUGACACAAUAAAGUUUUGGGUUUUUUUUUUUCGUCCCUUCA